AACAACAAAGCAUGAUCGUUUUCCCACCAUGUCUCUCCGCGCAGUAACUCUAGCCAGCUACAGCGGAACAGAAGACUUCAAGCCCUGCUCCAAAGAGUUAAACCACAGAGGCCUAAAGGUGGCAUUCAUGGAAUCAACCUAUUCUUCAAAUCCUUCAGUGAGGAUUAGCUGCCUUGCUCCAACACCUCAAAUCUCCAUUCUGUCAGAAGAGUACUCGAGGCCCGCCGUGAUCGGGCAUGCCGGACGUUUGGGAUCAUACCCAGGCAGUGCUGAAGCUAUUAAAGACAUUCUUGUAUCGGUUUUAAAUGCAUCUGGUUUGAAGCCCUCUGUGGUGCCGGUGCAGACCACAAUGCAGGAAACUGAGCAUCUGGACAGUGAUAUGGAAGGGUGGGAAGAGAGCAGCGAUGGGGAUAGCCCUGACGACAGUGAUUCCGCGCGGCACAGCGUCGCCUGUGCGCAGACGGACAUUCGGUUCACCAGGCACCGGGCGUGUUGGGACAACACCGACUUGGAUUCCUCUAAACCUUCGCCGGAUACUUUCUUUUGCUCCCCUUACUCAGCUGGAGAUCCUGCUACUUCCUCCUGCAAUGGUUUCGCUGUUUCAGACGUGUCCCCUCUGAAGCAGAACUGCUUUACGCAGGUGACGCUAACGGGAGGCACUGUCACAGCAGCUGUCGUGCAUUCUGGAGGAGAACGUUACGCCCCUGCCCAGCGGGGCUCGGCUGGCACCAGCUUUCUGUCCAGCUCCACUGAGUUGGACAGAGCAGAGGAUGUAUUGAAAUACCCUGAUGCUUUGGAGCCUGCACCCAUCAGCAACAGGGACAGCAAUUCUCCCAGUGGACUUCCCCAGGCAGAGGCAGUCGAUCGAACAGGUUCUGCCUCUUCUUUGAACAUCAGCGCUCUACCGUUGAAUCGCUCGUCGCAGGACAUCUGCGUGCUUCCAGAAGAUGUAGAGAAGGAAAAUGCCCACUUUUUUGUUGCAGACAUGAUUAUAGCAUCACUGGAGAAAAUGAAAUGCAACCUCCUAAGCCAGCAAGCGGAGUCGUGGGGGAUGGAGGAAACGAGUGGAUCGGACGGCAGCUACCACACCGAUUCAGAGUUAUCUUCUUACCCUGGAGUGAAGAAGUCUGAUUCUUCUGUUGCCUCUUCAGACAGUGGUUAUGAAGGCUCUGCUCUGCUGCCUGUCAGCUCACCAGUCCAUCUACCAUCACGUCAUGAGGCUAGCAGAUUUCGUUGCCACAGUGACUCAGAGGAUGAAUAUGUAAUUAUUGAACUUGAAGACCUUGAAAAUCUGUCUGUCGCUCCAGAUGAAAGAUCUGCUGUGGAAGCAGGCAGCUGCUCUGCUGAAGCCACAGCCCAGGAGUUGUGCAGAGCCUUCAGAAAGCACUGGUUGCAGACAGAGCCUGCAGUCCAACUGCCUGCUUGCCUGAGCUCAUCUAAGCAGAGAUCUGUACCAAAGGAAGAUAUUCCAAGGGAGCUUGAGUCCAGUUUGAAUCUGGCUGAAGAAAUAAAGGUCAUGUCCAAGUUAAGAGGAUCUUCUGGCUGGGCUCCACCAAGAUCACAAAUUAUACUUAAUAUUCACCCUUCAGAGAAGAGAGAUGCAGUGGUGGCUGCCCAAAACUUCACAUGUGUUGGCUGUGGAACCCCAAUAGAAAGCAAAUACGUUAGGAGACUGCGCUACUGUGACUACCUGGGCAAAUACUUCUGUGCCUGCUGCCAUAGCUACGCCCAGUCUUUCAUUCCUGCCCGAGUCCUUUUGAAGUGGGACUUCAAGAAGUACUACGUGUGCAACUUCUCCAAGCGCCUGCUGGACAGCAUAUGGCAGCACCCGAUUUUCAACCUGGAGUCUGUUAACAAAGGCCUCUACACAAAAAGCAAAGAAAUGGACAGGGUGAGGGAGGUACAAGAGCAGCUGUUUCAUUUAAAGAAGCUCUUGAAAACCUGCAGAUUUGGUGAAAGUGUACUGAGGCAGUUUGAGCAGGUCCCCAGCCACCUGACAGAGGAGCUGCACCUCUUCUCACUGGAUGAUCUGGUGAAGAUCAAACGAGGGCAGUUGCUGCCCCUUCUUAAGGAUGUUCUGAAGAGCUCCACCUCACACAUAGAUGGUUGUGAGCUGUGUCAAGCAAAGGGGUUUAUCUGUGAAUUCUGUCAGAGUGCAGAUCUGCUCUUUCCACACCAGACCGCCAAAUGCAGAAGGUGCACAGAGUGCAAGACAUGCUUUCACAAGGCGUGCUUCAAGGCCGGAGGGUGCCCCAAGUGCCUGCGGCUCGCUGCUCGGAGGACGCAUUCCCAAGCGCCGUCCCUGGGGCCUCUGUGAACCUGCAUUGC